AUGAAAGACGUUUCAAAUUUAGAUGAUGACCUGAAAUCCUCAAGGAUCAAGAAGUAUAACAACCCAUCGCUUCAAAAUGAGGUCAAGGAAUGGCUUCUACAAGUUAUGAGCUCUAGUAUCAACGAAAAUGAACUCAGGUCCACAGACCUCGUCGAUUUCCUCAAAUCAGGGGAGGUUUUGUCACAGUUGAUAAAUUGUGUUUGGGGAGCAAAUACCCUUCCAGUGAGGAAAAGCAAAAUGGCUUUUGUACAGAUGGAGUCAAUUGAGCAAUUUUUAAACUUUAUCAAGUCCAAGGGGGUGCCUCAGGAUGAGUUGUUUCAAACAGUUGAUCUAUAUGAACGCCAAGAUCCGUAUCAGGUAGUGAUGGCCAUACAGUCUCUAUCACGGUUGAUUCAUAAGGAGUUUGGGGACCGAUAUCCCUUAAUUGGGCCCACCAUCGCUGCCAAGCAUGAGCGCCCAAAGGUCCCUCCAAAACCAAAAAAGUUCUCGGCUAAUAGUGGCGCUGCUUGGAGUACUAUGGAGUACGGUUAUAUGAACGGUAGUAAUCAAAAGACGGAAAACAUUGUUUUUGGCGCGAGAAGAGACAUUGUUAAACGUUGA